GCAAUUUGAAACCAAGAACUCCUCGGGGGGUAAUGGAGAGACACCGAAGACAGCAAAUGAAGAAUUUGUACUCAAAACUUGCUUCUCUUCUCCUUCCUCCAGCCUCCGAGGUGAAUUUACCAUUACCUGCUUUAUUGGACUAUUCACUCACUCACGUGAAGAAUCUUAAAGAAAGGAUCCAAGAGCUCGAAGCAAAGAAGGAGAAGCUCAAAGGUGAGAUUGGUAGUUCAACAGCAGAUAUUGUGCUGCAAGCAGUGAAAAUAAUUGAAAAGGGUCCAAUUCUAGAGGUGAAUUUAGAAACCGGCCUGCACAAGCGCUUCAUACUGCCUGAAGUCAUCAGCAUCCUCGAAGAAGGAGGUGCUCAAGUACUAAGUGCCAGCUAUGCAACGUUGACCGACAGGGUCUUAUAUACCAUUUCUUCUGAGGCAUCCUCUCCGAGAAUUGGAAUAGAGACUUCAAGAUUGCAUGACAGGUUGAAAGCACUGGGUGGUACAGGAUGUUUCUUCUCCAGCCUUUGAAGGGGACUAAGCCGCCUGGGGCGAUAUGAGUGAUGAUAUAAUAAAUUUAAGAGGCCAUCUUGGCUAGCAGUACUGCAUAUUUUCGCUUAUACAUAUGUACUAGAUAGCUUCUUUCUCUAC